AUCAUCAAGGCUGGAGACAAAGACUUGGAUGGUCAGUUGGACUUUCAGGAGUUUGUGCACUACCUGAGGGACCAUGAGAAGAAACUGAGGCUGGUCUUCAAGAGCCUUGACAAAAAGAACGAUGGUCGCAUAGAUUCACAGGAGAUCAUGCAGUCACUAAGAGACCUUGGGGUUCAUAUAUCUGAGGAACAGGCUGAAAAGAUCCUCAAGAGUAUGGAUAAAAACGGUACGAUGACGAUUGACUGGAAUGAAUGGAGAGAUUACCACCUGCUUCAUCCUGCUGACAACAUUCCUGAAAUCAUCCUCUACUGGAAACACUCCACGAUAUUUGAUGUAGGGGAAAGUUUGAUGGUCCCUGAUGAGUUUACGGCAGAGGAAAAGAAAACAGGGAUGUGGUGGCGACACCUGGUAGCAGGAGGUGGAGCAGGUGCUGUGUCCCGUACCUGCACCGCACCCCUGGACCGCCUUAAGGUUCUCAUGCAGGUUCAUGCAUCACGCAGCAACACCAUGGGUAUCGCCGGAGGAUUCGCCCAAAUGAUCCGUGAGGGUGGACUUCGGUCGCUGUGGCGAGGGAACGGUAUCAAUGUUUUGAAGAUUGCACCUGAGUCUGCUAUCAAGUUCAUGGCGUAUGAGCAGAUUAAGCGGCUGAUUGGCAGUAAUCAGGAGACGCUGGGGAUCCUGGAGAGGCUGGUUGCUGGGUCUCUAGCAGGAGCUAUUGCUCAGAGCAGCAUCUACCCCAUGGAGGUUUUAAAAACUCGUCUUGCCCUGGGAAGGACGGGUCAGUACUCUGGUAUCAUGGACUGUGCUAAACAUAUAUUUAAGAAGGAGGGACUGACAGCCUUCUAUAAAGGUUAUAUUCCCAACGUGUUGGGAAUCAUCCCUUAUGCUGGAAUAGACCUGGCUGUUUAUGAGACAUUAAAAAACUGGUGGCUUCAGAGGUUUGCUACAGACAGUGCUGAUCCGGGUGUGUUUGUGCUGCUAGCCUGUGGUACAAUGUCUAGUACUUGUGGACAGUUAGCAAGCUACCCAUUAGCCUUAGUGAGGACACGAAUGCAGGCUCAAGCUUCUCAGGAAGGCAGCCCUCAGAUGACCAUGUCUGGUCUCUUCAGACACAUUAUGAGGACAGAGGGCGCUAUUGGACUCUAUAGAGGCUUGGCACCCAACUUUAUGAAGGUCAUUCCUGCUGUUAGCAUCAGCUAUGUGGUGUAUGAGAACCUAAAGAUCACCCUUGGCGUUCAGUCCCGGUGAGGGGAACCUGAAGACUGUUAAAAUCCUAAAUGACUUUUGUUUUUCCUCUCAACUUUUCUCUUGAACUACUGAAUGAGAUCAUCCAAGAGGGCCAGUUUGCACUCGAAGAGAACUGUAGCAACUGUUGGCCAAGAAAGAGCUUGCAUGUGGGGAAGAGGAAAUCUUUGUGUCAUAGAGGUUUGGCUUUAUUUAGUGAAUGGAAGAGACCAGGGACAUGCAUAGAAAAACUUUCAGAUCGAUACCUCGGCAUAAAAUACAAUCCUAGCUGUAAGUAAAAUGUGAGCAUCUCAAAAUGGCAUCUGUAUUGGAUCCAGACACUCCCUUAUUCCACUCCUGAGGUCACGGGGUUGUGUUUGAUAUAAUAUAGUAGGGACCAAGAAUAUGAAAGAUAUUUUAAUAAACUGCUUUAUGGAAA